AAAAAAAGGAGACGAGUCUACUGCGUUUUCUAUUUUUUUGUGAGAAAAAGAAACUUAUAUAAGCCUAGGGUUUUUCUAUCCUCGCAUUUUCUUCAAUUCAAUUUCAGUUAUCAAAUCCUAGGGUUUUGUUUAUUGAUUCAAUCUAUUCUCUUUCAAUGGAGGACGAAGAUGAUACUGUGAAGUCAGUCGACGCGUUUCUUUCUGCUGUUGAAGAGCCAACGUCAGAGGGAGAACCUCAAGUUUCUGAGCAAUGCGACACCGUUUUAACUGCGGAAGAUGUAAUUGAAUCUCGUUUACCGGAGCAAAAUGUGGUGAAAGGUGAAAAUGUUGAGGAAUUGAACUUAGAGGAUACGGAAAUGCAAGAAUUGGAUGAAAAUGGCGUGAAAUUGGAAGAUUUGGAGGAGAAAAAGGAGGAAGUGGUAGAGGAGGGAGAUAAGGAAGUGGAUAACGUUAAAGAAUUGAAUGGGGAGGGCGCGAAAGUGGAAGUUGAUGGAAAGAAAAUGUUUGUGGAUGAUGAUGGAGUGAAAUUAGUGGAAUUGAAGAUGGGAAACAAGACGGUGAUUGAGGAAUUGCAAUUGGAGGAUUCAAAAGAAGAUAUUGUUGGAGAAAUAAGAGAGGGGUUAGUUGGCGAGGGUGUGAAAUUGGAAGAUUUGGAUAGGGAUACCGUGGUAGUGGUGGAAGGUGAAGUUGGAAUUGUGGAGGAUAUGGUGAAGGCAGAAGACGAUAAGGAGUCAAAAAAGGAGGAAGAACGAGGAGGAAGUGAGGACGAUUUGAAGGAGGAAGUAGUGGUGGGAGAAGGAGGAGGUGAGGAAGUUCCAAAGGAGGAAGAAGCGGUUGGAGAAGAAGAUGAUGAGGAAGAAAAGGAGGAGGAAUCGGUCGGAGAAGGAUGCGAGGAAGCCGUGAAUGACGAGGAGUUGGUGGGAGAAGGAGGUGAGGAAGCUGCCGAGGAGGAAUUGGUGGGACGCGAAGGAGGUGAGGAGAUGGAGGAUUUAGAGGCAAAUGUUGAUGAGGAGGUGCCGCAAGCUGUGGCUGAAGAGGAGGAAGAGACACCUGUCGCUGAGACAGAAAUGGAGACAGAAUCUGAGGUGGUAAAAAGUAACAGUGGCAGCAGUGGGAAACGGAGGCGUGGUAAGAAUGCUAAGGCAACCACUCCGGUGAAGGCGCCAGCAAGAAAGAUUGUAGGUGAAGAUGUUUGCUUUAUAUGUCUUGACGGAGGGGACCUAGUUCUUUGUGACAGGAGGGGUUGCCCUAAGGCGUAUCAUCCUUCAUGUGUGGAUCAUGAUGAUGAAUUUUUCAAAACAAAGGGUCGGUGGAAUUGUGGUUGGCAUCUUUGCAACCAAUGUAGAAAGACCGCUUAUUUUGUGUGUUAUACUUGUACGUUUUCAUUGUGCAAAGCUUGCAGUAAAGAUGCUGUUAUAUUUCCUCUUAGAGGUAGCAAAGGGCUUUGUGAGUCCUGCAUGAAAACUGUAACGAUGAUUGAAAAUAGUGAACAAAGCACGAUGGGUCAUUCAUCUUUCGACGAUAAAAGUAGCUGGGAGUAUCUCUUUAAGGAUUACUGGAUUGAACAAAAAGGGAAACUGUGCAUUACUUCAGAUGAGAUUGCGCAGGCGAAAAAUUCACGUAGAGAUUCUGAUGUAAACGAUAGACAGCAAACACCAGUUGAGUUACAUGAGGGUUAUAAUGAUGCUGGUACUGACUCUGACAGCUCUCUUGCAAAAAUAGAGGCGGCUAAUUCAAAAACAAAAAGAAAAAAAAGAAAGUCGAAAAAUGUGGAUUCUGGUACAGAAAGCUCUUCAGAGCCGGAGGCUGGCACAACGAGAAGAAAGAAAAAAAAAAGGUUGAAGUCCCAGGCUAAGGAGGAUUCAGAUUCAGAAAAUUCUUCUGGUAACCAAGUUACACCUGCUAAGAGGGGAAAAAGUUCCAGAAGGUUGAACAAGUCCCGCUCAAAGGAUUCUGCGACUGCAGCUGAUGGUGAACUCUAUAUGGAAGGCAAUUUUGAGUGGGCAUCAAAAGAGCUCCUGGAGUUUGUCAUGCACAUGAAAAAUGGUGAUGGAUCUGUUCUGAGUCAGUUUGAUGUACAAGGACUCUUGCUGGAAUAUAUAAAAAGAAACAAACUUCGUGACCCACGUCGACGAAGCCAGAUACUUUGUGACACAAUGCUUCAAAAGCUGUUUGGAAAACCACGAGUUGGUCACUUUGAAAUGUUAAAGCUGCUUGAAUCCCACUUUCUUUUGAAGGAGGACUCCCAUGCUUAUGAUAAUCGAGGAAGUUUUGUUGAUACUGAAACUAGUCAACUAGAUAUUGAUGACCACACUGAUUCAUUUUUGGAUUCUGGCAAAAGUAGGGGAAAAAAAUCACGUAAAAAAGGUGAAGAGAGGGGGCAGUCCAACCUUGAUGACUAUGCUGCCAUAGAUAUGCAUAAUAUUGACUUAAUUUACUUGCGCCGGUGUUUAAUGGAGUCCCUGAUGGAUGAUUCUGAAACCUUUCAUGAAAAGGUUGUUGGCUCUUUUGUCAGAAUAAGAAUUUCUGGCAGCAGCCAAAAGCAAGACAUUUACAGGCUGGUGCAAAUAGUUGGUACUAGCAAGGCACCUGAACCAUACAAAGUGGGUAAAAGGACAACUGAGGUCAUGCUUGAGAUUUUGAACUUGGACAAGACAGAGAUCAUAGCAAUAGAUACAAUAUCCAAUCAGGAAUUUACGGAGGAUGAAUGCAAGCGAUUGCGCCAGAGUAUCAAAUGUGGACUUAUCAACCGAAUGACUGUGGGUGAUGUUCUGGAAAAAGCAAGGGAACUGCAGGAAGUCAGAGUAACUGAUUGGCUGGAAGCAGAGAUACUGAGACUUACCCAUCUUCGUGAUCGAGCUAGUGAAAAAGGACGUAAAAAAGAGCUCAGAGAAUGUGUAGAGAAAUUGCAACUUCUGAAUAAACCUGAGGAACGCCAACGAAGGUUGAAUGAAUUUCCAGAAGUGCAUGCAGAUCCAAAAAUGGAUCCAAGCUGUGAGUCUGAUGAUGAAAAUGAAAUGCAUGAUAAGAGACAAGGUAAUAUGAGGCCUAGAGAUGGUGGGUUUUUCCGACGGGGCCGGGAACACUUUUCAUCACAGAAAGGAGGCUCUGCGUCGAAUGAUUCCUGGACUGCAAAUGCAAGACCUCCCAACAAGACUUGGGAGCCAAGCAGAAAUCUGUCUAGCCGGAAUUAUUCUAGCAGGAGGGAAGAUACUACUACUGCCACUCAGUUCAGUGAGCAUUCAUGGAGUAAUGGGGUCGACAAGGGGACACCUAAAUCAAAUAAUUGGGACAAGCCAAGGAUUACUCAGGAUACUUUGAUGACUCGAGCUGAACAAUCCGGAACGCGAUCAGACUUAUCUGUAACACAUACAUCGGAAUCUUCACAGCCUUUAUCCACUGCAGGACAAACUGAUGUGAAAGCAAAUGAGACAGAGAAGUCCUGGCAUUAUAGAGAUCCAACUGAUAAGGUCCAGGGUCCAUUCUCUAUGGCGCAGCUUCGUAAAUGGAGUAACACCGGAUAUUUUCCUGCCGAAUUGAAAAUCUGGAAAACCUCACAAACUGAAGAUGAUUCGAUUCUUCUAACAGAAGCAUUGGCUGGAAGGUUUCAGAAGGAGAUGCGCCCGGUAGGAACAAAUUUAGAUGUUGGCUCAAAGAACAGAAAUGCACCAUCUUCAAUGGAUACCUCCAAACUCUCGGGUGGAAGAUAUGGUUCCUCUAAUCUCCCAUCUCCAACUCCUUCCCGUAGCCCCUCUGCAUGGAGUGGGAAGCCAACGUCGAGUUCUUUCAAAUCAACUGGUCAAUUCCAAGGGAAUGAACGACUACCUUCUCCUACUCCAACAACACCUUCAUCUGAUCCAAGUGGUGUGGGCAGAGCAACUUUCUCUAAAGGUAAUGUAGUUGGGAACAAGCAAGAAACUGCAACGGCAUCUCUAGGAGCAGUUCAACCUGCUCCUGUUCCUGCUCAGUUUCUCUCGAAUUCUGGUAUGAUAAAUGUGCAACAAAUGUCCUUGCAGUCGGGUUUACAAGUAGCAAACCAACCAUUCGUCCCUCCUGAUAAAGCUAUGAACCCAACAAAUUUAGGUCCCCAUGCUUCCGCAGCUCAGGGCUUCUCAAACAUUGUCCAACCUGGCACUGGGCAAGAUACUGUCUAUACUCAAAAUUGGGGACCUGGUUUUGUUGCGAGACCUGAAAUUGUAAAUGCAAACCUCACACCCAACACUGGGUUGCCGCCACAGGCUGCUUACCAUCAGUGGACUGGUGCUCCCGUUAGCAACCAAGCUCCACUGCAUACUGCUGCUGGAUAUCCACCUGGACAAGGAAAUAUUGCCGCAAACUUCCCUACUAUGCCCGCGAACAAUGCAUGGAGACCAUCAGUUCAAACCAACAUGCCUUGGGGUGCACAACAGCAAUCAAUGAACCAAAAUGUAGGAUGGACUGGGCCAGCAGCAGCCAUGGGUCAGUUAACCAGUCCUACACCAGGAGCACCUGCUAUGGCAGUUCGACCUGGUACUGUAGGUUGGACAGGCACAGGGCCGAGUCCUACAGCUGGAAACACCAACAUGGUUUGGGUUGCUGCACCAGGGAACACAGGUACAUGGGGAGGUGAUCAAAACCCUAACGUUGGAGGGGCUCAGUGGAAUAGGCAGCCAUCAUUUGGCAGCGGAGGACAAAGAGUGUGCUCAUUCCAUGAAAAUGGGCAUUGCAGAAAGGGUUCUGCGUGUGAUUUUAAGCAUAAUUGAAUGUUGUUAACAUUAGUAGAUAGUUGUAGUCUUCUUUUGCCUUGUACAGUCAUUCACAUCCCAGAUAGGGUUCAAGUUUCUCUAAUAGAUAGUAUCUCCUUAAUUUAAGUAACUCAUGUUAGCUGUGCCCACAAUUUUCCUCCCCUUUCCAACUUAAUUUAUUAACGCUUUUACUUAUAGUGGAUAUUUUAGGCAGCUUAUAGUUAGCACCUAGUUUAGUAGUACUAAAAUAAUCUGGUUUUUGUGAGUGUACUGAUUUGCUAUAAAGAACUAAAAUGCAUCAUCAAAUCUUUCUUGCUCGGGGA